AUGCCCGAUAAAUCCGUCGUUGAUGGCCCUUCAGGUCAGGGCCAGAAUCAGACUGCCAGUGACCCAACCACGCCCACUGCCACUGCCACUGCCACCCAGACACAGGCAACCGAGCCUCCGCGAGAUCUUAACCUCGUCGCGCGCGCAGACGCAUUGGCCAAGCUCACUCUUGAGCUCAACAUCCGCCGUCUUGCCCUUCAGAAUGCCGACAUCCUCACACACGUCCGCCAGCUCAUCGACGCCACGGCCGACAAUACAGCGUUCCGAGAUAAAUUUGAGAGCCGCAUGGCCGCCCUGUUCAAGGAGAUCAGCGCCGUGGACGAGCAGGUGAAGAAGCUGGCCACGGGCCAGAGGAACAAUGGUGUCACGCUGGAGGACCUGCAGAAGAUGACGGACACGUACGUCAAGGACUUUGAGGGGGAGAUGAGCGCCAUCCGUGUGAUCAUGGAGGACAUGCACGGACGAGCCGAGUAUCUGCCCUCCAAGGAGACGGUCGAGAAGGAGCUGCGGGAGUUUGGGUACCUGACGCAGCACAACCCGCAAGCCGAGCAGGAGCCGUCCCCGACGGGUGCCAACGAGUCCCGACGGGUGCUCCGGCGGAAGAGUCCCCGACUCUCGGUCCGGUCCGGGGACAGUGGCCAAGCGGAGAGGCGGCUGGAGGAGGCGAUUGCGUCGACGAAGCGCUGGAACCACGACCACAAGAACACGGCCCUCAAGGAGCACUUUUUCCUCGCCAAGUACCUCCGUCAGCAGGCGAAGCGGGACAAGCACUUUGCGGUGCACCUGCAGAAGAUCCUGAGGAAGAGGAUCGAGGGUCGCCUGGGCGCGCGGAGCAAGUCGCAGCCGAGCACCCUCGAGGAGGCGUGCGAGGGCGGUGUCUGGGAGGACGUCAAGGACACGAUCCAGGAGAUGGCGGGCGAGCAGCGGGGGUGGAUGAUCAGAUACCUGGAGAAGUAUCAGGGCUGA